CCACUCCCGGGACUACAGAAUGGAGGCCGGGCUGCUGUGGUUCUGCAACUGGAGCACAUUGGGCGUGUGCGCCGCACUCAAGUUGCCGCAGAUCUACGCGCAGCUAGCCACGCGCAGCGCGCGGGGCAUCAGCCUCCCAAGUUUACUUUUGGAGCUGGUGGGGUUCCUUGUCUUUCUUCGUUACCAAUGUUACUACGAGAACCCGCUGCUCACCUACCUGGAAUACCCCAUUCUCAUUGCACAAGACAUUGUCCUCCUGCUCUUCGUCUUUCAUUUCAAUGGGAACGUGAAGCAAGCCUUGCCCUACAUGGCUGUAUUUGUGUCUUCUUGGUUCAUCCUCAGCCUGCAGAAAUGGGUCAUCGACUUGGCCAUGAACUUAUGCACAGUCAUCAGUGCAGCCAGUAAGUUUGCCCAGCUUCAGUAUUUGUGGAAGGCACAGGACUCAGGAGCUGUGAGUGCACUCACCUGGGGCCUCUCUGCCUACACCUGUGCAACAAGAAUAAUAACAACUUUAAUGACCACCAACGAUUUGACAAUUCUUAUCCGUUUUGUGAUCAUGUUGGCUUUAAAUAUAUGGGUAACAGCAACAGUACUUCACUACCGGAAGCCUGUCACCAAGGCUGAAUGACAGAUGUAUUCUUUCUACACACAGUGGACCUCAAAUGACAGAACCAGGGGAUGCACCAUUGCUUCUCAUUGCUGUAUUUAAAAUCUUUUACUACUCAAUCAUUUCAGAAGCUUUAAAUCAAGUUUGUUAAAUUUGAAAAAUUAGUUGGAUAUGGAAGUGCAAACCUGCAAUGCCAGCACUU